GGACCAGCAAGAUAGUCGUUUAUCAAAGGACAUUUGGUCGUAUUACACGCGUAUAUACGGUGGCACCUGGCAUCGGAGCCAACAUGGAAAAGAAUGUUUUGGACGACGCUCUGGAUGACUUUGCACCCACGAGUGCAGUGCUACCUGCUGAUGAUCGAGAUCCUGGAAAGUUCGGCACCCCAAGUGCAGCGGCAGAAGCUGGCAGUUCGAGCAGCGGCGACGCAAGCACAGCUGCACCUGCACCCCAGGCGUUUGAUCCCUUGGGAAAGAGGAAAAAGGGCAAGUCACCAGUUGCAGGCGGGCCUGCAUUCGAUCCCCUGAAGCAGAGCAGGGCAGCCAGGCAGGCGGGCGGUAAGGCCAAGGGUGCUUCCACACCACCAGCAGGCAGCUCAGGGCAGAGCAGCAAAAGCAGCGGAAAGCAGCAGGUCCCGGAUGCAAAGGCCCCUGCACAGCAGCAAAAUUCUGCCAAGCACAGCGACAUCGACGAGGAGCUGGCUCGAGGGGUUGCGCAGCUCAUGGCUGAUCUGGCGAAGGCAGCACCCUCUGGCGGGGAGGACGCAGCCAAGUCCUCGCCACAUGAGCGCGAGAUCGCCUCCACUCUGGCAGCCCUGGCGGCUGCAGUGCCCAGCCGCGGAGCUGAAGGAGGAGCCAGCAGCCAGAACAGCGCUGCUCAGAGGCCGGGGGAGCAGACGGGUGCCAGUGAAGGCGAUGCGGACGGCUCCUUCGCGUCCUUGGCAGACUCCAUCAUGCAGCAGCUGCUGUCCAAAGAUGUGCUGUACCAGCCCAUGAAGGACAUUGGCGCCAAGUAUCCUGCCUGGCUCGCAACGCGACGGGAUUCUCUGCCCCCAGAGGAGCUCAAGCGCUACGAGGCCCAGUACAAGUACAUCCGCCAGAUUUGCGCCCUCUACGAGGAUGACCCCAGCAACUUUGGCCAGCUCUUCACGCUCAUCCAGGAGAUGCAAGCGUGUGGGCAACCGCCAGAGGAGAUUGUGCAGGACUUGGCGCCCGGGCUGGCAUUUGGGGAAGAUGGCCUGCCGCAGCUGCCUGCCACAGACAACUGCAGAAUCUGCUAAGCUGUCUGGCUGUGAAUGGCGAAUGGCGAGAGUCAUCCCGCAUAUAGGAUUUUGUACAUUAUCCAGUGUGUGAUCUGCUCUUAUGUCUUGUCUAGGUGGCUAGGUGCUAGAGCUUUCCAUUGUUAGCGCUGUCAUCAAGUGAGACCGUGCGGCCUGUGCUCUAGCUAGGGCUAUAUACAUUGCCUUAAUAUGGCAUCCAGGUAUUUAAGGUGUACAGUGCUCAUUCUUUUGCAGCCUACUUGCUGCAAGCCACGCAAUUGUCUAGGAUGUGCAGAAGAGUUUCGUGCGCUUGUCUAGUUGGGUUUCAACUUAAGUUGCACCAGGCCUGCAUUCUGCUCACAGCUCCAUCAGGCUCUGAGCUCUUGGACGUAAGAAGGCAGAUAACACUC